AUGGCGGCGCCAAAGGAGGCGGCUAAGGCGAAGCCGCCCCUGCACGUGUAUCAAGAGGCGAAAGUCGGCACCCGCUUCUUCUCGCUCCAUGGCAUUGAUUCCACGCGAUACAACGGCGUCUGUGCCCUCACUGGUUCAGUAAUUCUCAUGUGUUCCGGUAGAUUCGUCUUGUUUGUGGAUAUGCAGAGCGGCAUGAUAGAGCCAUCGCCAGGCCCCGUGAAUGGGGGCGUUGGCGCCGUCGCAGUGCAUCCCACUCGACGAUAUUACGUUGUGUGCGAAAAGGCAGCGAAGGAUCCACUCAUUCGCGCCCACGCGUGGCCGUCGCGUGCAGAAGUUGGUGUGUUCGUUGGUGGUGCUUUAAAGGGAUUCAGCGCGUGCUGCUUCAACACUGACGGCAGCAAAAUGGCGACGGUGAGCAUGUACCCGGACUUUUCGUUGGCGGUGUGGGACUGGAAGUCGCGGGGAAUGAUUCUGCGUAACAAAUGUCACGGCGCUGACGUCUUUUCUGUGUUGUUCAGUCCAUUUGACAGCGGCGUCUUUGUGACGGGCGGGGCUGGACACAUCAAGUUUUGGACAAUGGCGAAGACCUUUACGGGCCUGAAGCUGCAGGGACUUCUGGGCAAAUUCGGGCGGUUGGAGAUCAGCAACGUGCCCGGCUUCGUCGUGCUGCCGGACGGGAAGGUGCUGUCAGGCUCCGAAAGUGGUCUCAUUCUGCUGUGGGAGGGUGACCUCGUGCGCUGCUGCUUUGCACGCACUGUGCUGAAAGGGGCGGAAGAGGAUGGACCAACUGCGCUGGCGGUGCAGAGCUACGACUACACCCCCUGUCACACAGGAGCGAUCAACGUGGUGAUGCUGCUUGGUAACGGCCGUGUUGUACUUACCGCUGGCGACGAUGGGUAUAUGCGCUACUGGCGUGUCAGCGAGUUGGAGGCGGCGGAGGGCGAAGGCCUGCCGCCACUGUACGCGCCAGAGUGUCUGUGCGAGGUGCUUGUUGACGCCAACGCACACAUCCGCGCCGUGACGCACUGCCCCGAUGUGGGAGAGUGGACGGUGCUCGAUAGCACUGGGGUGCUGUGGCGAGUGCCGUUCCUACAACCAGACGAAAUUCUCGCAGCUACAUCGCAGUCUGCCGUCAAACCAGCCAUGGCGGCGCUUCGGUUCAAUGGAGGUGGCAUCACAAGUGCUGCAAUGUCCCCAUGCGACCACACCGUCGUGACAGGCGGUGAGGAUGGCUCCAUUCGCCUCAUUGAUUACGUCUCAUCGCGUGAAAUUUAUAAUCUUCGCCUGCCCUUGCCGAAUACUGUGGUGGCACUCCAGUUCCUUCGAACCGAUGCGAGUGGGAUGAAGUUCAUUGCAUGCUGUUUGAAUGGUACCGUGCGGCUGCUUCAGCGUGGCAAAACGGCCUUUACGCUGCUGGGGCAGUGGCGACCCCACCGUGAUGGACUUAAAUCGUGUGCGAUUGAUCGUGCUGAGCGCCGUCUCUGCACUGUCUCAACUUUGGGUACAGCGUUCUUCUUCGACAUCGAACCAGACCUGUCGACACUGCAUCCCAUUGGUUUUUGUCGGCUCCCGCUUCCGGAUGUUGCGUGCGCCGCUUGGGACGAUGACACCUCAUGCUGCUUGAUUGGGCACGAGUGCGGCAGAGUUCUCGCCAUAACUGCUCCGUUGAUGGAAGCGGUGAAUCACAGCGUCUCAUUCGAGUUCACCUGCAAAUAUGCCCUCGUCGGUUUACGCCAACGCAAGAAAGUGGAGAAGGCUGUCAGCGCGGUGGCUGCAGAGCGGGAGGAGGAGGCACUGGACGAGGAGGAGGAGGAGGAAGACGUCGGGCCCUGGCCGGUGCGCCUCAUCUGCCCACUGCCCGAUGGCACAUUUGCAAUCGGCGCCGGUGCAGCAGAGCUACUGUACCAGUACACCACCCGCAUCCGCUACGAUAACCGCACAGAGCUGCCGCCUCUGCCUGCCACCGGUAUCGAGCCACCCGACUACGUUGAAGAGCCGAUUAUAAACUUAUGCUACCGGGACUGCAUACCACAGAGAGUUUACAUUAGCACAUCGGAACGGUACAUGGUGAUUCUGUGUGAUGGGGCGCAGAUGCUUUUGCGGUCUUUUGAGGCAUCUGGUGCUUUGUCACAAAAAUGUUUGUUGGCGGCCUCUGCGCAUGAUCGACUAGACGGUAUUAUUGCGGCUGCAUGCACUUCGUUUGACGAUACCAUGAUGGUGUCUGUCGGUUCCGACGGUCUUGUUGUGGCGCAGGUGCUCAACGGUUGCAACCCCCCGAAACCUGUGAAGUUCAUCGAGGCCAGCUCCUUAUUGAGUGCGGAGGAGAUCGUGGCACCGAAGCCAAUUCCCCUGUCGAUCAGUGAACAGAAGGAGGUGGACGACCGCCGCCGCGCGGAGGAGGCCAAGCAGCGUGAGCUGGACGCAUUCCUCGCGAAGCUGAGUGUUGUGCAUGCAAAAUACGCUGAGCUCCUGGAGGAAAAUAAUGCCACUCCCACCGGCAUCCGUCUCUCCGAUGAGGAGCUUGCAUUGCACCCACAGAUUUUGCAGGAGUUAAAGGAAGAGAAGAAGCGACGUGUACAGGAGUCACGAAAAGGAAAUGCACUCGAGCUGGCACGUGAGAAUAUGCGUACAUUGAAGAUGCGCCGCCGCUUUGUUGAUAACCUUCUCUACGAUCGCUUCCUUGUGUGCAGCUUCUCACAGGAGUUUGCUGUCGCCUCGUUCCGCACACCUGAUCCCGCUGAAGCGGUCCGUCGCCUUGAGUUGGAGAUUGAAGAACUUCACUCCUCUGACGGGGGGGCGAAUGCUGACGGAGUACACGACAGUGAUGGUGAAGAAAAUAAGAGGCAUACACAAAAUGCAAUGGGCGCUGACGGGGCAGGUGAUCCAUCACUGUCUACUGCUGCAGGUAUUAUGCAGUGGCUGGCCGCUGAAGAGGAGAAGCAUCAGCAGCUGCGGCUCAAGCAGUCACGACAGGGGGGUGAGAUGCUGACAUCAACGAUGCGGCAGUACCUUGAUAAGAUGGAUGAGCGCCGUGAGGAGCGGUGGCGCCGUAAGAAGGGCUAUGAGAUAUUACUAGCACACAAGCCUGACCCGGCGGUGGAGGCGGCGCGGGUGGAGGAGGAGAUAAAGUGUGAGGUUGCGCGACGUGGUGAGUGUGUGCUGCGCACUGACCCACUGUAUCAAUCAAAGCCCUCAGCAGUAGAGAAGUUGCGCCAGCUGAUCAAGCUCGAGUGGUUGCUUGUCGAACUGCGCAGUGGCUUCACCAAGAAAUUGUUCGAGAUGCGGAAUGAGAAGAGGGAGCUGUGCGAAUCACUCAACCAACUGCUGCGCCGCAUACGUGACAUUAAUGAGUCUCUGAAGGAUGAAAGCGAACCUUCGGCUGAUGUUUGCCUGACAUCGCAGGAAAUGCCUGAGCAGCGGUUUGCCAUUGACCGUGAAGGUCUAGAUUCCUUUUCGAAACAACGGCAGGAUGAGAAGGCACGUGAGGAGAUGGCAAAGAAGGCACAGCGUGGCUUUGGCGCCGAUCUCGCAGCAAACCAUACAACUGGUGCGAGCGUCACCACAACCGGUGCGCCGCCCAGUGAUACCGAAGGGAGCAGCAAGCGCACACCCAGCCACUUAUCUUUAGCUGAAAACCGUGCAAGUGUCUUGCGUCGCCUAAAGAACCCGCGCACAUCGUCGUCGGCGCCCAAGAUGUCGCGAGCUUACAGCACCGCAUUCCUUGCUGCUGCGGCUGUGCGAGAGCGCAUGGACUAUGAACUUCGCGUUAAACUUGAGAACGUGAAGCUCACUGAAGCGGAGGAGGAGGAGCAGCAGAUGGAGCGUGAGCGACUCCUUGCUGAGCGGCGCCGCCUGCAGGCACGAGUGCGUGCCAUCAUGAACGAAUUCGACAGCCGCCUGUGGGAGAUGUAUGAGGAGCGGGCACGGGUGGACGCGGAUCUUUGCCUUGCCCACACCCGCUCGCUACUGCUUUUCCAGGAGUACCAGAUCCUGCUGGUAUUCCGGAAGAAGGACCGGGAGUUGCGUUUGCAGUACGAGGAUGCGAAGAGUUUGCGUGACAAGCGCCAGCAAGAGAUGGAGGAUCUGCGGCGCGGCGUGCGGGAGCAGGCGGGAAUGAUUGAAAAGUUGCAGGACACCAACAAGGCAUUUCGUCAUGAAGUCGAGUACUUCGUUGAGGCGAACUUCCCUGCUGAACACGUGCCGUACAUCAUGAAGGUCUUUCUAAGGCAGAUCAAACGGCGCAAACACCAGGGAGACAUGACCGACGACGACGACGACAUCACCAGCGACGACGACGACGAUGAGGAGGAAGUUGGCGACGACCUCUGGGAGGAGGUUUGCCCGCCGCACUGCUCGGAGGACAACUGGUGCGAAGUGCUGGCGAAGCGUGAGACGCGGCUUGACUACGCUGACGCCAUUGCAGAAGUGCGGCGGCAGCAGGAAGUGAUGCAGGCUCGUAUUGACGAGCACGUCGCCCUUGCAGAGCAGCACAACGCCGCUGUGACGAUGUGCCUCAAGGCAAUUGAAGACUUUCAGAGUGAGAAGCGCAAGCAGCUGAACACGCUUGAGACACUCGUCACGCUGCGCUGCAGUCAGGUGAAGUGCCUUGACGAGGAGGAGAAGUGCCCUGACACGUUCCGUCGCGACGAUCUCGUGGUGGUGUCGGAUCUCAUUGUCUCGGGUCUGCACCGCCGCAUUGCGACAAUGGCGGAGGAGAAACGCGACCGACAUAUGACGCUGCGCGGCAUGGCGGGCGAGCUGCAGCAGCUGCAGCGCGGACGGGCGGCGAAGCAGGCCCUCCACGCACAGUGGGAAGAGAAGAUAUACGAAGCAAUGCUGCUGAAGUUCGGCCAGAUUGUAAACCUAGAGCUUCUGGAGUCGACGAGCGGCUGCAGGGAGGUGGAGGAGCUGAAGGAGCGCCUGCGCAUCGAGGAGUUCGCGUGGGAGAAGGAAAUACGUAAGCGCGAAAGCAAAAUCAUCGCGCUGCGCAACAAGCUGCAGGGGAGUCUGGUGCACAAUACCCACCUACUGCACGAUCUUGGCGACCAGGAGAAUGACCGGCAGGAUGUGGAGCGGUCGCUCUCGCAGGCGACGCAGAAGGUGGUGAGUCGUAUGUACGACGGCUCCAACGUGGCCACCGCCGAGGACCGCCACAACCUGCAGCUGCUAAUCACCGCGCAACAGGAGGAGAUUGACGCGCUCAACGCAGAGGUUGCCAUGCUGCGCAGCAAAGGCGGACAUGUCUAUGUCCCAGCUGCCGCUGAAACGGCGUGA